UACUGCCCUUCCGAAUAACAGUCGAAGAAGAAGAAGUGGGGCCAACAUAAUGGAGAAGGAAAUCAACAACAAAUCCCCAAAUCGAGCGUAAUAAAUUCUACACACUGACCAGUAAAUCAUCCGUAUCUACUCUGGAAUAGAAGGGAAACCAUGGCGUUUGUCACGGCUAACUGGAAUCCGCUUGGGGAGAAUUUUUACAGGAAAAUUGAGCUGUAUGAGAUGGGCUGGAAUCUGAAGGAUGGUCUCAGAGACUGUUUAAUAGCCGCGGCUCCAUACGGUGGCCCGAUCGCUCUCCUGAGGGAGCCACAGCGCCGCUCUCCUAGCACCCGACCCCAGUUAGAGAUCUAUUCUGCUUCUGGAGGGGCUCUCGCCAGCUUUCCGUGGAAGAGUGGUGUGGUGAAACACCUGGGCUGGACGGUGUGUGAUGAUCUCCUCUGCAUACAGGAAGAUGGCACUGUUCUCAUCUACGACCUCUUUGGGAGUUUCAAGAGACAUUUCAGCAUGGGCAACGAGGUGGGACAGAGCCAGGUUGUCGAGGCUAAGGUCUUCCAUUCGCCAUACGGAACUGGAAUUGCCAUAGUAACAGGAGCAUCCCGGUUUACCCUAGCAACAAAUAUUGAUGAUUUGAAGCUGAGGAGGUUACCUGAGGUACCAGGUCUCCAGGGGGCGCCAUCCUGCUGGGCAGUGCUUACCCAGGACAGACAGAGUAAAGUGCUGGUGGCAAACGGUGCUGAUCUUUUCAUCCUGGACUACGGCACCUGUACCGCAGUGACUCCUCCAGGCCUCUCUCCUCAGGCUAACAGUAUAAUACACAUGUGUGUGUCAUUCAGCUAUAAGUACCUGGCGCUGUUUACUGACUCGGGUCAUGUGUGGAUGGGCUCCACCAACCUGAAGGAGAAACUAAGCGAAGUUGAGACCAAAGUCAGAAAUCCACCCAGGCAGAUGGCAUGGUGUCGCCGGCCUAAAAGUCAGCAGGCCUCCGUGGUGAUCAUGUGGGAUCGGUACCUGCUUGUAGUAGGAUUGUGUAAAGACACCAUCCCGUACCACCUCGAGGACGACUCCGUACUAGUCCCGGAGCUGGACGGCGUUCGGAUUAUCAACGCCAUGAAUCAUGAACUGUUGCAGGAGGUGCCAGCUGCCUGUGAGGAAAUCUUUAAGAUUGCCUCUAUGGCUCCCGGAGCUCUGCUGCUGGAGGCUCACAAAGAAUACGAGAAAGAGAGCCAGAAGGCAGAUGAGUAUCUGAGAGAGAUUAAGGAUGAGAAUCUGUUAGGGGAGGCGGUGAGGCAGUGUGUGGAGGCAGCAGGACACGAGCACGAGGCAGAGACGCAGAAAACACUCCUGAGGGCAGCCUCUUUUGGAAAGUGUUUUCUGAGCAAUUUUUCUCCCGAGCCGUUCGUCACCAUGUGUCGAGACCUGCGGGUGUUAAAUGCAGUGAGAGAUUACACCGUGGGAAUUCCUCUCACACACACUCAGUUCAAACAGAUGACCGUCCAAGUGCUCACAGACCGACUAGUUUAUCGCAAGUUAUAUCCAUUGGCCAUCGAGAUCUGCCGCUAUCUGAAAACUCCCGAGUACCAGGGUGUGAGUCGAGUGCUGAAACACUGGGCCUGCUGCAAGGUGCAGCAAAAAGACGAGGCUGAUGAAGUCAUUGCCAGGACCAUCAGUUUAAAGCUGGGUGAUGCUGCUGGAAUCUCCUACUCCGAGAUCGCCAAUAAAGCCUACGAGUGCGGGCGCACUGAACUCGCUAUAAAGCUGCUGGAGUUUGAGCCUCGCUCUGGUGAACAGGUUCCUCUGCUGCUGAGGAUGAAGAGGAGCCAGUUAGCACUUAGUAAAGCAAUCGAGAGUGGAGAUACAGACCUCGUGUAUACGGUGGUGACGUACCUGAAGAAUGAGAUGAACAGGGGAGACUUCUUCAUGACUCUCAGGAACCAGCCUGUAGCCCUUAGCCUCUAUAGACAGUUCUGUAAGCAUCAAGAACAGGAUACGCUGAAGGAUCUGUUUAAUCAAGAUGACGAUCACCAGGAACUGGGAAAUUUCUACGUGAAAGCCAGUUACAAGGAGAAGAGGCUGGAGGCUCAACUGUCUUUAUUACAAAGUGCAAUGGAUGAGUACAACAAAGCCAAGAACGAAUUCGCUGCCAAGGCCACGGAGGAGGAGAUGCGUCUGUUGCGUUUCCAGAGGAAGCUGGAGGAGGAUAAAGGCGAGUGCCUCAUGGGUUUCUCCCUGCACGACACUCUGAGCACACUGCUGUCUCUGGGGAUGCACAAAGUCGCAGAGCAGCUCUACAAGGAAUUCAGAGUGCCUGAUAAGAGAUACUGGUGGCUGAAGCUGACUGCACUGGCUGAUAAAGCAGACUGGGAGGAGCUUGAGAAGUUUGCCAAAAGCAAGAAGUCCCCCAUUGGCUACAUGCCCUUCGUUGAAGCCUGCGUGAAACGAAACAACAAAUUCGAGGCCAAAAAAUACGUGUCUAAAGUCACACCGGAGCAGAAGGUCAAAGCCCACCUGGCAGUAGGUGAUUUGGAGGGGGCAGCAGAUGCAGCUAUUGAAAGGAGGAACGAUGGAGAGAUCAGCACUGUCCUGUCUCGCUGUUCCCCCGCCACAGACCGUGCCCUGGUAGAGCGACUUAACCGCGCCAAGGCCACUGCCACCAAAAAGUGAACCAGAACAUCACAUAGUGAUCAGAUCAGUGCUGAUCAGCUUCAGAGAGCUGAGUUUGUAAAAUGAAGUUUCUUCAGAAAACACACUCUGUGGAUUAAAAUAGUAAAAGAACAUGUCAAGCUGGUUUCAUUCCAGCUAUUAUUUAAAAGAAAAGUUACUAAGACUGCAGUUACUUUAUACGUGCUGUACUUGCUGCAAUUGUGAUUUAAUGCUCAGCUUUUUUAGUGUGCACAUGACAUUGCUGUACUCUUUUAUGUUUGUUUAUAACUUGCAAUGAAAUAAACUGCUUAAUUAAACUGUAA